AGAUGAAUGGGACACACCAGACACUAUGAAAUGUGUAAAGAAAUCACCAACAGAAUCAGAUUGCAGAAAUGGAGAAGGGUUUCAAAAGCUUGCACGAAUGAAAUUGCCCGAUAUUAAUUGGUUAAACCAAAGUAUGAAUAUUAAGGAAUGUUAUGCAGAGUGCUUGAAGAACUGCUCGUGCAGGGCUUAUGCAGACUUAAAUGAAGGUGGAGGAAUUAGUGGCUGCAUGAUGUGGUUUACUAACCUGAUUGAUAUGAAAGAAUGCUCAGACCGAUUCACUUGGGGACAGGAUAUCUUUAUACGAGUACCCGCUUCAGAACUAGUUAAUGAUUCGAGCAAGAAGAAAAGAAUAAAAAUCAUUGCAUCGGUCUCGACUACUUCUGGCAUCCUUAUAUUCGGACUUGCGUUCUGGAAAGUUUGGAAGAAAAGAAAGAACAAAGGUGACGAAGAGGUUCAAACUUUAAUUGUCCUGCAGAGCAAGAAGGAAGACACGGAAGUACCUUUAUUUCCUUUAGCAACGGUAGCUACUGCCACUAACAAUUUCUCUAAAGCCAACAUGAUUGGUGAGGGUGGAUUUGGUCCUGUUUACAAGGGAAAUCUUUCAGAUGGACAGGAAAUUGCAGUGAAGAGGCUUUCAAAACAGUCAGGACAGGGUCUUGAAGAAUUCAAGAACGAGGUCGCUAUAAUCGGCAAGCUUCAACACAGGAAUCUUGUUGCUCUUAUUGGAAGCUGCGCUGAAGGAGAUGAAAGGAUACUGAUCUAUGAGUAUAUGCCCAAUAAAAGCUUGGAUUAUUUUAUUUUUGAUCGUGAAAGAAGGAAGCUCUUGUCCUGGAAAAAGCGCUUUGAAAUUAUUAUUGGGAUUGCAAGAGGACUUCUCUACCUCCACCAAGAUUCUAAAUUGCAAAUAGUUCACAGGGAUCUGAAGACCAGUAAUAUCUUGUUAGACAGUGAAUUGAAUCCUAAAAUUUCAGAUUUUGGGUUGGCAAGAAUUUUCAAAAAUGAUGCAAAAGAGGUGAACACAAAGAGAGUUGUCGGAACAUACGGCUACAUGUCUCCUGAGUAUGCCACUGAUGGCACAAUUUCUUUGAAAUCCGAUGUUUUUAGCUUGGGUGUGCUUCUGCUAGAGAUAAUAAGUGGAAGAAGGAAUAGAGGAUUCCAUCACCUCGAUCACCAUCAUAACCUUAUUGGACAUGCCUGGCUUCUUUGGAAUGAUGGAAGGGCCCUGGAACUAAUGGAUAGGUAUUUAGAAGAUUCUUUUAUCGAAUCUCAAGUUAAAAGAUGUAUUCAAGUGGGUUUAUUAUGCGCUCAAAAAUUCCCAGAAAGCAGGCCAGACAUCUCUUCUGUAGUUUUCAUGUUAGCAAAUGAAGACGUGGUGCUUCCUCGACCUAGAGAGCCAGGUUUCUUCACAGAAAGAGGUUUCAGCACAGAUACAUCAUCAAGUAAAGAUAAAUCUCUUACAGGAAAUUAUUUGAGCGUAACCAUAGAGGAAGGCAGAUAAUUUCAUGCGCCAGUUUAGUAGUGUUUUUCGGCUGGGGAAUGCAGUCAUUAUGCAGAUGCUUUUUUCUUUAUCGAUGCCAUAAACUUUAAUGUCUUUCUACCGUUGUUUAUGUGUUUGUAAAAUAGCCAGAAAUUGCUAUA